ACCUGGAACCGUGAAUUUCACAUUAUAAAAUUAUUUUUGAGUUAGGUGUCCUCCGUGUGAGUUAAUUUUGAAUCACAGCUCCAAGUUGAAUUACUUUCGUCGCUUCCAACUUGGUAGAAGCCUUUAUAUACAUAACUCUAGACACCACAGAGUCGCAUCCAGAGAGGAUGGAUCAAUCUAGGACCUCGCAAGAUCCGGCGCCGUUCGCUGGCACACAGACGAUGCUUAUCCUUGUUGGACUGGUGGCAUCAGGAAAGUCCACGUUUGCUCAGGCACUCGAACGUCACUUUCCGCAAUUUCGCAGAUGUAAUCAAGAUGAGCUUGGGACGAGACAGCGCGUCGAGAGUUUAGCUCACCGCACGCUCCGCGAAGGCUUAUCGCCCUGUAUUGACAGGUGCAAUUUCGAUGCGAUACAGCGAUCACACUGGAUCAAUAUCGCUCGCCAGUUUCCUGGUACUCCGAUCAGCGUUAUUGUUUUCGAUACCCCCUAUCAGGUCUGCUCCGCUCGUCUUCAGGAAAGAAGUUCACAUCCAACCAUUAAGAACCCCCAGCAAGGUCAAUCUAUUCUGGCUAGGUUUGCAUCAGACCUUCAGUUCCCGCAACCCAACGAAGGGCAUGAUCACAUUCUUUACUUGAAGCCUUCGGACCACCCUCAUCCCGAGUACACGGGCGAAGACAUUGGUUUGAUAUUACAACGGCUCCAAGCUUCUACAUAUUUCAAACGGGGAAACCUUUCAGCCCCCAUUCAGAGACAAGGUCGCGGGUACGGAGCUCAUCGCGGUGGCAGGGGCCACCGCUUUCCGUCCAGCAGACUUCCCAAGUCCUAUUCUGGAACGAGACUAAAUGACAAGACAAAUACUUCGCACAUAGCCUAGUGUUAAAUUUUCAAGUGACCGGAGACCACGCUUUCUGAUGUGACAAAAACC